GGGCUUUUCUGCUUCCAGGGCCAAUGUUUCUGCGUAACAGGUUGGGAGGCUCUACAUAAUGGGUCUAGCAUAUUGUCAGCAGGUGGAGGACAGAGCCUGGCUGCUGAGACUUAACCCUCAGGCCUCCUGAGCAUGUGUGUCUUCCUUGUCUUGCAUGUCCCUGUCUCUUGCUUUGGCCUGUCUCAGACUAUCCAUGCUUAGCAUGGACACUGAAGGUGCCCAGUGGGACUCAGAACACAUCAGAGCUGGGGUGACAGGCCUGGGUGACUGUCUUUUGCUGUGACACAUCAACUGGAAUUGUCUUUCAUUUUUCUUGGGUGAAAUUCUCUGUUCAUGUAAAAUCUCUUGAGAUGAUUCUUUUGGACAAGUCUUAAAGUGCCAGUCAAAAGUUUAGUGUACGGUAUUGACAAAAUUCACUCGUGUUAAUCUGUGGCACUGAACAGUACUGUGCAGUUGGUCUGUCAUAGAGCCUUCAUUGUGUACCUUCAGAGGAGAGAAACUGGAUUGUAAGUGGCCAGAAAAAUAUUACAGCAUCGUGCUGAUCUAAUAACAGAGUGAAAAGUAUAGUUAAGUUUAAUUGUAACUCUAGAAUGUUUUUCUCUUGUGUUUACUAGACUUCAUGAGGAAAUAAUCGACUUUUAUAACUUCAUGUCCCCUUGUCCUGAAGAAGCAGCCAUGAGACGAGAGGUGGUGAAACGAAUUGAAACUGUGGUUAAAGAUCUCUGGCCAACGGCUGAUGUACAGAUAUUUGGCAGCUUUAGUACUGGUCUCUAUCUUCCAACCAGUGACAUUGACUUAGUGGUCUUUGGAAAAUGGGAGCGGCCUCCUCUCCAGCUGUUGGAGCAGGCCUUGAGGAAGCACAACGUGGCUGAGCCGGGCUCCAUCAAAGUCCUGGACAAAGCUACAGUACCAAUAAUAAAACUCACAGACCAGGAGACUGAGGUUAAAGUUGACAUCAGCUUCAACAUGGAGACUGGGGUUCGGGCAGCGGAGUUCAUCAAGAAUUAUAUGAAGAAAUAUUCAUUGCUGCCUUACUUGAUUUUAGUAUUGAAACAGUUCCUCCUGCAGAGGGACCUGAAUGAAGUUUUUACCGGUGGAAUUAGCUCGUACAGCCUGAUUUUAAUGGCCAUUAGCUUUCUACAGUUGCAUCCAAGAAUUGAUGCCCGGAGAGCUGAUGAAAACCUUGGAAUGCUUCUUGUAGAAUUUUUUGAACUCUAUGGAAGAAAUUUUAAUUACUUGAAAACUGGUAUUAGAAUAAAAGAAGGAGGUGCCUAUAUUGCCAAAGAAGAGAUCAUGAAAGCCAUGACCAGUGGGUACAGACCAUCAAUGCUGUGCAUUGAGGACCCCCUGCUGCCUGGAAAUGACGUUGGCCGAAGCUCCUAUGGGGCCAUGCAGGUGAAGCAGGUUUUUGACUACGCCUACAUUGUUCUCAGUCACGCGGUGUCACCACUGGCGCGGUCCUACCCGAACAGAGAUUCUGAAAGUACUUUAGGAAGAAUUGUCAAAGUAACUCAGGAAGUGAUUGACUACCGGAGGUGGAUCAAGGAGAAGUGGGGCAGCAAGGUCCACCCAGCUCCUGACCUUGACAAUAGAAUUAAGAUAAAAGAGCGAAUAAGCACGUGUGAUGGGGAGCAGCCCCAACGCCGAGAUCCGGAGCCACCCUACAGCCAGCACUUGACCUUGUCUCUGCCCAGCCCCCAGCUUCUCUCCUCAGGCUCCUCUGCUUCUUCUGUGUCUUCACUUUCUGGAAGUGACAUUGAUUCCGACACACCGCCCUGCACAACGCCCAGCGUUUACCAGUUCAGUCUGCAAGCGCCCAGUCCUCUGCUGGCCAGCUUGCCCACCGCCUUGCCCAUGCCGAGUGGCAAACCUCAGUCCACUACUCCCAGAACAUUGGUCAUGACAACUAACACUCAGACCAGGUUUACUAUACCUCCGCCGACCCUGGGGGUGGCUCCCGUUCCUUGUAGACAAGUUGGUGUUGAAGGAACUUCGGCACUGAAGGCAGUGCACCACAUGUCUUCCCCAGCCAUUCCAUCCGCAUCUCCCAACCCGCUCUCCAGCCCUCAUCUGUAUCAUAAGCACAGCGGCAUGAAGCUGGCCAUGAAAGGCUCUCACAACCACAGCCAGGGUGGUGGCUACAGCUCCGUGGGCACUGGAGGCGUGCGGCCCCCAGUGGGCAACCGGGGGCACCACCAGUAUAACCGUGCUGGCUGGAGGAGAAAAAAACACGCGCACACGAGGGACAGCCUGCCCGUCAGCCUCAGCAGAUAGUGGCUCCCAGCGGUGCCCCCUGGCCCCACCCUCCGAGACUGAGCCGGGUGGCCUCGGCGCCUGGCGGGAACUGAGACCAGCAUCCAGCACAUCGGCCGGGCCCCGCGAAUGCCCGCCGCUGAGCACUCUGCAUGUUCCUUGUGUGGUGGUCACGUCCAUCUUAAAGUACAGCUCCUUGUGCUCAUCUGUGAAGCCUUAUCCGUGUGGACGCUGUUUUCUGCCUUCCCAGGAUCCUUCCAGAAGCAGGCCUGGACCUGGAGCUGCAGGGGUGAAGCUGGCUGUGGCAUUUGUUUUUUGGUAGCCGUGCCUGUUCCUUUGAGGUUGAGUAUUUCUUUUACGUUUGUCAGAGCUCCAGCGAUCAGCCCUGUCCUUGGUUCUUCCGCGACGAAUAGGACGGGAGUCGCCAUUGUUUUACUGCCCUCGCAUUUCGUUUCAAGUUUCAGAACUGUUUUUCUAUGUAAAUAUUGAAAACUUAUUAUUUGUGCAAUAACUCAAGAUAUUUUUUAUUUAAUUUCAUAUUUUCACAUAAGUUAUAUUUAAUGGAGGAGGGAGUUUUUUUAAACAAGCUUAGGUCCUUUCCCCAGUUACAUUUUCUAAGUUGGGUUCAUCAAGUCGGCUGGUUGUCUGAUGAGCGUGGUUGCAAACACUAUGAGUGAGGGGCUUGGGUUUAUUUUUAUUCCUUGGGUCAGAGGGGAGGCCUCUCAAUUUGUGAUGAAGGAGCCGAGUUGCCCCCUGGUUUUCUGAAGGGGUUUGGCCCCCAAGUCUUCUGACCAGCUGCCUGCCGGCUCUGCCGUCCAGCCUGUCGUCUCUCUCUGACCAUGGAGUUUUAAUGUUUUGGUUUUUGGUUCUUUUAAACUAGACAACAAAUCCAGCAUUUAAAGUGCCAGAAGUAUAACUUUCUAAGGAGAGAAGAGGUUGUCUGUCACAUUAUAAAAUCUUAAAAAAAAAGGGAACUACAUGCUUCAGUCAGUUUUAGUCACAUAGCCUGUAAUGAUGGGUCUGGUGAAGAUCAUUACGGACAAUGGUGCCCAGUUUUAGGAAUGUGGAGAAAGGGAUUAUGUUGAUUCCAUUGAGGAAUCUGUAGCAGUAUGCAUUCGUUCUGUUAAGAGCAAAUAUGUGAGGAGCGCUUCAGCUGCUCAGUGUGCCGUGGGGAGUAUUCCUAAUGUAUUGCAGGAGAGCACAGCCCGGUGUUGGGGCUGGGAGCGGCUGUCGCCCAACUUGAGAAGCAUACCGGUAUACUAUGCAAGUGUAUUCUGCCAUGACAACCACUGUCUUUGUUACCUUUUUUUGAACAAGAAUAUAUCCAUCCCGCCUAACCCUGAGUUUUUGGAGCACCACAGUUGUCCUGGGAGGUAGCUGCAUCUCAUAGGUCACCUGACUUCCCAUUUCUAACAUGGGCUAGUAGCCCUGCUGAACACUACAGGGAGGUUUGCCUUUGAGUCCACUAGUGGAGAAUGUUGAGAGGAGAAACUUAUUACCAUGACACCUGAUUGAUACGCAGAGUGAUAUCUGAAAGUGAUGGACACCUGGCAAGGACAAGCUUUAAAAUGUCUAUGGUCUGUUUUGUUUUUAAGCAGGACUGGCCCACAUUGUUGUUGAGAGCUGCCAGCUGUGACUGCAGGUUCUCUAGGAGGCAUUCCAGAAUAGAGUAGCACAUUUUGUCUGCAGUUCUUAAUGAUCGAAAGCUAUCAAAAAUAUUUAAAGAUAUUUAAAUUGUGAACCUAUUGAUAAAGAAAUAUUUAUAAAAACUGAUAUGUAGGUCUGUACUAAUCUCUACGUAUUAGCAAUAUUGACUGUAACCCUACACUAAGGACACCACUGCGGGGAUGGUGGCCAGUGUCCCGUGGGUGCCCAUUUUAAAGCUCGAUAUGCAGGCACAGGUGCCAUGCUCCACCCUGUCAUGGUGAACUGAAUGAAUUGGCCUGGCUACCACUGUAGUCACGCACUACAGGUUUAACAAAAAGAUAUCAUGUUUUGAUUUUUUGUGUGUGUGGACAACAAUGUGGAGACUAAAAUUGACAUAUUUUUAUGUAAAGUUUUUCUAUUUGAUUUUUAAUAAACUUUGGAAAACAUGUAGUGUGUGUUUAAGUGAACUUUCCUCAAGGGAAAGGGUGGUUUCUAUAGUUCCACAUCCUCGAAUUUUCUAAUAAGGCAAUGAAAAACUAUUUCAUCCAUUGGUUCAGUAAACUCAGAACCUGGUGGCAGUUGCAGGUUCCAGAUGAGAGAAUCGGAACUGGAACAGAGUCUGCUCUCAUGCUGCACUGAUGGGGGUUCAGUAAAACCAUUCGAAUGAUACUGUGUCUGUGAUUUCUGACCAGCUGAUACUGGGGUACUGUGUACUUAGACUUCUCCUUACUCUUAGGUCAUUUGUAUCGCUUUAAAAAAGACACAUUUUAAGUUGUUAAAUCAAAAUGUAUCUUGAAAUGUAACUUAUGUGUAGACUUUAUAAGGAAAUGUAUAAAAAUUCUUACAAACCA